AUGCAAAAAAACAAAAAGUGGUCGUGCAGCAGCUGCUAAGCAUAUAGCGGUAACAUAGUAUACCCUCGCCCCGACGCGUACGAGUUCGAGUGCACAUUGAAACGAGUUUCAGCGGCUCUGCCGAUCGAAGACAGCGGCCAUGGAGUUCAUUAGCCAGUCCAUUCGGCAGGCGAGCAGACGCUUCUCCAGAUACGGAUCCAGUCUCCGCAGUAACCACAACUCCUCCAGCCGAAACCCUGCCCCAAAGUACACAGCUGCACAAUCAGAACCAUCAUGGACACCACAAUUCAUUCGGCAGGCAUAGCAGAGAUCCACAAUGUUCCAAUGGAGGUCAUCAAGCGACCCAUUCCCUCGGUUCUAGAUGAAAAGAAGGUCCAGUCGCUCAUGGAAACCAUCCAGCGCGAAACCAGCGAGGACGAGGUGCCGCCCAUCGAUCUGCUCUGGAUCACUGGCAGCGAGGGCGGUGACUACUACUUCAGUUUUGGAGGAUGCCAUCGGUUCGAGGCUUACAAGCGACUCCAGCGUGACACCAUCAAGGCGAAGCUGGUGCGCUCCACCCUGGGGGAUCUGUAUCACUACAUGGGCUCCAGUGCGCCCAAGUACCUCGCCUGAAAGCCUGAGAGGAUCCACACAUUCAACACAUACAUACC